AUGGCCACUUCAACUCAAACUUUGUCGCUGUCGGAACAAGUCUCCAACACUUUGCAGUCGUUAACGAGUCGUCCUGGGGUUGAGUCGACCUUGAUCUUGUCACGCAAGAACGGCAGCAUCAUCAAAGUGGCAGGUGCCCUGGAAGAUGAACCGCAACAUCCGAAAAAUGGGAUUGCCUCGUCGGGCACACUUUCUCCUGCCUCGGCGACUGCUGAAGGCGUAGCGGCCACGUCGAUUGAAGAUGGGGAUACUGGUGACGAAGCCAUGGACACAGUUGCUGAAACCGGACGCACUCGAGCAGAAAGACUUGCCUCAGAUAUAUUUCUGUUUGUCUCGACAGCAUCGUUCUUAGCCUCUUCACUUGAGUCGACGGCCACGCCGAAGGUUCAUGACGCAGGCUACCAGAACGGCACCAGCUAUGGACAUCUACACAAAGGAAAGACUACCGCAAUCGCGGAGCAAGAGGUCGAUGUCAAUCCCUUGCAGCUUUUGAGAAUGCGAUCCAAGAAACAUGAGAUUGUCAUAUUUCCUGAUCCCAACUUCCUUUGUUGUGUGGUGCAAAGUAUGGAACGCCUAGCCAGGUGA